AGGAGCGGCGUUUGGCGCGAAACGGGAGCGCGCCGGGGGCGGAUCGCGGGGUUUGAGUGGAUCGCGGGGUCUGAUCUGAUCUGAUCGCGGGACUGCGGGACCAGCCCGCCUCCCCUCGGCUCUCACCGCCUUCCCCGGCAGCAGCAGGAGCGCCAGCGGCGGCGGCGGCGGGAUCCGUCCCAGGGCGGCAGCAGCAUGGCGGCCCCGGCGGGCGGGCUGGAGGAUGCGGAGCUGCGAGAGGCGCAGCGCGACUACUUGGAUUUCCUGGAUGAUGAGGAGGACCAAGGGAUUUACCAGAGCAAAGUGCGGGAUAUGAUCAGUGACAACCAGUAUCGGCUCAUCGUCAACAUCAACGACCUGAGGCGCAAGAAUGAGAAGAGAGCCAGCAGGCUCCUGAGCAAUGCCUUCGAGGAGCUGAUCGCCUUCCAGCGYGCCCUGAAGGAUUUCGUCGCCUCCGUCGAUGCCACCUACGCCAAGCAGUACGAGGACUUCUACAUCGGGCUGGAGGGCAGCUUUGGCUCCAAGCACGUGUCCCCACGGACACUGACAGCCUGUUUCCUCAGCUGCAUCGUCUGCGUGGAGGGCAUCGUGACAAAGUGCUCUCUGGUGCGUCCAAAAGUCGUCCGGAGCGUCCAUUAUUGCCCAGCUACCAAGAAGACGAUUGAGCGCCGAUACACAGACAUGACCUCCCUGGAUGCUUUCCCAUCCACCGCCAUCUACCCUACAAAGGAUGAAGAGAACAACCCCCUGGAGACAGAGUUUGGCCUCUCUGUCUACAAGGACCACCAGACCAUCACCAUCCAGGAGAUGCCUGAGAAGGCCCCGGCAGGGCAGCUGCCCCGCUCAGUGGAGGUAGUUCUGGACGAUGACCUGGUGGACAGGGUGAAGCCCGGGGACCGUAUCCAGGUGGUGGGGACGUACCGCUGCCUGCCAGGGAAGAAAGGGGGCUACACCUCAGGCACUUUCAGGACCAUCCUCAUUGCCUGCCACGUGAAGCAGAUGAGCAAAGACGUCCGGCCACUCUACUCUGCCUCUGACGUGGCCAAGAUCAAGAGAUUCAGCAAAAGCCGCUCCAAGGAUAUCUUUGACCAGCUGGCCAAAUCCCUGGCUCCCAGCAUCCAUGGGCACGAGUACAUCAAGAAGGCCAUUCUCUGCAUGCUGCUGGGAGGGGUGGAGAAGAUCCUGGAGAACGGGAGCCGCAUCCGAGGAGACAUCAACAUCUUGCUGAUAGGAGACCCCUCCGUGGCCAAAUCCCAGCUGCUGCGGUACGUGCUGAGCACAGCCCCCCGGGCCAUCGCCACCACCGGCCGCGGCUCCUCCGGCGUCGGCCUCACCGCUGCCGUCACCACGGACCAGGAGACGGGGGAGCGGCGUUUGGAGGCAGGAGCCAUGGUGUUGGCCGACCGGGGCGUGGUGUGCAUCGACGAGUUUGAUAAGAUGUCCGACAUCGACCGCACGGCCAUCCACGAGGUGAUGGAGCAGGGACGGGUCACCAUCGCCAAGGCUGGCAUCCAGGCCCGCCUCAACUCCCGCUGCAGCGUCCUGGCUGCUGCCAACCCCGUCUACGGCCGGUAUGACCAGUACAAGACGCCCAUGGAGAACAUCGGCCUGCAGGACUCGCUGCUCUCCCGUUUYGACCUGCUCUUCAUUGUUCUGGACCAGAUGGACGCCGAGCAGGACAGGGAGAUCUCGGACCACGUCCUGCGCAUGCACCGCUACCGCAACCCCAACGAGCAGGAUGGGGAUGCCAUGCCCCUGGGCAGCACYGUGGAGAUGUUGGCUACAGAUGACCCUGACUUCGUGCAAGAGGAGGAGCAGGAGCUCCAGGUGUAUGAGAAACACGAUGACCUCCUUCACGGGCCCAAYCGCCGCAAGGAGAAGGUUGUCAGCAUGGAGUUCAUGAGGAAGUACAUCCAYGUGGCAAAGAUGAUCAAGCCGGUGCUGACCGAGGAGGCGGCGAGCUACAUCGCCGAGGAGUAUUCCCGCCUGCGCAGCCAGAGCCAGAUGAACUCAGAYGUGGCCAGGACCUCCCCCAUCACAGCCCGGACCCUGGAGACCCUGAUCCGCCUCUCCACGGCCCACGCCAAGGCCAGGAUGAGCAAGACUGUGGAUCUGCAGGAUGCUGAGGCAGCUCUGGAGCUGGUGCAGUUUGCCUACUUCAAAAAGGUGCUGGAGAAGGAGAAGAAGCGCAAGAAGCCGGUGGAGGAUGACUCUGAGACGGAGAAGGAGGAAGAUGAGGAGUCACAGCCCAAGGAGGAGCGCAGGACGAGGAGAAGGAAGAAGGCUCGCACGGAGGGUGAGGAGGGCUCCUACGACCCCUACGACUUCAGUGAUGCCGAGGAGGAGAUGCCACAGGUUCAGGCUCACGCUCCGAAAACACCCGAAGCCUCUGGAGCUGGCGAUGGGAAGAAGGUGGAUUUGGCUGAGCCAAGGCUGAAAGCAUUCAAGGCUGCUCUCCUGGAGGUGUUCAAAGCUUCCCAUGCCCAGUCUGUGGGUCUGAAGAGCGUGAUGGAAUCCAUCAACCGUGACAACCCUGAGCCCUUCUCGGCGGCCGAGGUGAAGGUGGCCCUGGCCCACAUGCAGGAUGACAACCAGAUCAUGGUGUCUGAUGACAUUAUCUUCUUAAUCUGAGCCUCUGGCUGCAGGAGCCCGAGUUCUCAUGGACUCUCAGCUUGGAAACUCUGUGUUUGAGCGCUUCAUGUGGCUGAGCUGGAUUUUGGGGGGCUCAAGUCUCUGCACUUCCUUGCUGUGCGCUGCUGGCACCAAAAAAAAACAGAGCCAGGAGCUCUGGAAGUUCUUGUUGUCUUCAAAGUGGAAUGUUYGGGAAGAAGAUGGUUUCUGCAAGGAGACCGAAGGAAAAACCUAGGGGCAAUUUUUUUAUUUUUAAUGUAUUGUUUUUAGUUUUGGUGGUAAGAGUUCCAGCUUUUAAAUAAAAAAAUUCUGGUUUUAGGAACCCAACAUUUGGUAGUGGUGAUGAGCAGUAUGAGAGCUCCACUAGUAGUGCAGCUUUUAUUUCAUCAUUUUUUCCCAUUUUCCCCUCAAUUUGAUUGCUUAGAUCUGCUUGCCUCACAAGGAAAGGUACCUUUCCUCCUGCUUUCGCCUGGGGUCAUGCCCUGGUGAUGGCUUUAGAGAAAAGCUGAACACACAGAACAGUCCUGGCUGCUUGUGAUCCAGAGUGCUGAAGAUUUGGAAUUUUUUAAUAUUUAUUUUUCUUUUGUCCUGGUGAGUUUCAGGUUAAGCUUUGCUUUUAUCCCUGCCCAUCUCCAGMCACCUGCACAGCUCAUGCUCCCCUGUUUCUGGAUGCCAUAGAUCUGGGUUUGGGUAAUAAAAGUGUCCUUACU